AUGGGAAGCAAAGCAAAAGCAAUGGGGUCUGGGCUGACUCCUCUUCUUACCACUGUUUUAGUGGUAUUUGUUGCUCUUGGCUUGCCCUCAGAAACUGCAGCUGAUGAUCACUACAAGUAUUCAUCUCCUCCUCCUCCUUACCACUAUCCCUCACCACCACCUCCAGAGCAUUUACCUCCACCAGUGUACAAAUACAAGUCCCCACCACCACCUCAUCAUGUUUACAAGUACAAAUCUCCACCACCCCCACCACCACACCCAGUUUACAAAUAUAAGUCACCACCACCACCUCCUCAUCCGGUACCACACCCAGUUUACAAGUAUAAGUCACCACCACCACCACCUCCUCAUCCGGUAUACAAGUAUAAGUCUCCUCCGCCACCACCACACCCAGUUUACAAGUAUAAGUCACCACCACCACCUCCUCAUCCGGUACCACACCCAGUUUACAAGUAUAAGUCACCACCACCACCUCCUCAUCCGGUAUACAAGUAUAAGUCUCCUCCGCCACCACCACACCCAGUUUACAAGUAUAAGUCACCACCACCACCUCCUCAUCCGGUACCACACCCAGUUUACAAGUAUAAGUCACCACCACCACCUCCUCAUCCGGUGCCACACCCAGUUUACAAGUACAAGUCACCACCACCUCCUCCCCCAGUUUACAAAUACGAGUCUCCACCACCUCCUCACCACUACUAA